AGUAAGAUUUAAAUAAUUAAAAUAAGCAAAAGAAUACACAAGUAGAUAUAUUUUUGGUUUAUGAAAUGUAAACACACUACUUUUUUUAACAAAAAGUUUGAUUAAAAAAAAGAAGGUGGCCAAACAAACAAGGCAUUUAAACGUGAGACUUGUACAAGGUGGAAUCAUAUUUUCUCUUCCUCCCUCUCACGUCUGCUCAACUAUUACCCAGCCCUCUUCUCAAAAUUUUAUCUGAUUUUUCUAUUUGUAAACAGCCUUCGUCCCCAAGAAAUUCCCAAGGGAAAAGUAAAAUUAUCUCCAGAAAUUCAAUCUUCCGGCGGUUCUCCAAUGGAAGCGCCGCAUGUUUCCGGGUCGGAUUCCGCUUCUUCUUCGUCUUCUCCAGCCUCGCCGAGCUCUGCUGCUGUUUGGUCUCCACUGCGGUUCUUUCGAUUCCCGAUUUCCACUUUACUAGAGCACUCUGGAAUCCUCCGGGUUCUUCCUGAAGGCUACGAAAGUAUAGCGCCGGAACGGAAUGUUGCGGAGUCGGAGACUCCGGAUUUAGGUUCCGGUGAAGGCGGGGAGCUUACUAUUAGAAUAGUUGGAAAUGGCGAGCAGGAUCGGGUUGGGAUUGAGGGAGAGGCGGUAGUGGACGGCGGUGAGACUGCGGUGGAGGAGAGGGGUGUGGGUGGUGCUGAGGCGGCUUCAGUGACUGUGGAUUCCGGCGGGAAUGUGGCGGAGAGUGUCAGCGGGGGUACUAGGGAUUCUUCUUAUCAGAGGUAUGAUGUGCAGCAGGUUGCCAGAUGGAUUGAGCAGAUUCUUCCUUUUACGUUGCUUCUCUUGGUGGUCUUUAUACGCCAGCAUUUGCAAGGUUUUUUUGUAACAAUUUGGAUCACAGCUUUCAUGUUCAAGUCAAAUGACAUUCUUCGGAAACAGACAGCUCUAAAGGGAGAGAGGAAGAUGUUUGUGCUUGUUGGUUAUUUACUCGCCUUCAUGCUUCAUGUUAUUGUAAUCUACUGGUGGUAUUGGAAGGCCAAUCUUUUCUAUCCAUUACUCCUGCUUCCCCUGAAGGCCAUCCCUCCCUUCUGGCAUGCAGUUUUCAUUGUCCUAGUGAAUGACACUAUGGUGCGGCAAACUGCAAUGGCUGUUAAGCUGGUGCUUCUAAUGCAUUAUAAGAAUGGAAGGGGUCACCAUUUCCGGAGGCAGGGCCAAAUGCUAACACUAGUUGAGUAUACCCUGUUGCUAUACCGCGCAUUGUUACCCACUCCAGUCUGGUAUAGAUUCUUUCUCAAUAAAGAAUAUGGGAGCCUAUUUUCAUCACUGACCACUGGGUUGUACUUAACAUUCAAGCUUACAACAAUAGUUGAGAAGGUCCAAUCCUUCUUCACUGCUUUGAAGGCACUAUCAAAGAAAGAUGUCCACUAUGGAGCUUAUGCUACACCUGAACAAGUUAACGCAUCGGGUGAUAUGUGUGCUAUUUGCCAGGAGAAGAUGCAGGCACCCAUUCUCUUGCCCUGCAACCACAUCUUUUGCGAAGACUGUGUCUCUGAAUGGUUUGAAAGAGAACGAACUUGUCCUCUGUGCAGAGCCUUGGUUAGAGCCCCUGAUCUACAGUCUUUCGGAGAUGGAUCGACGAGCCUUUUCUUCCAACUCUUUUGAACAAUUCCGGCGUUCACGCACUGUACAAAGAAAGUAACACACUAAUUUAUGUUGGGUUCUAACACAUCCCUUUAUGCCUCAGAAAUUACUGCUGAUCUCUCUGGUUCAGAAAUCUGAUCAGCUGCUACGGAAGCCUAAAAUGGUGAAGGAGCUUCAUAUUUCAACUCAGUUUACGUCUAAUGGGUUUUUUUUCUUCUUCUUAAGUACUUAAAAUUAAAUUGUUAUCUGAAUAUUUUGGAACAAUUGUACAGAUGUACCACAUAUUUAUGGUACAAAACAUUCCUUUCGCUUGGAAAAAAAGGAGAAAUCUUUGACCCUUCUCUUCCAAUCAAACGCUGCCUCUCACUGUUCAUUUUUUUCCCUUCCCCGUUCUUUAAAUUUAUUGAUUUCUUCACUUUUCAGAUCUGCCCCUUUUAUGUCCCUGUGUUGUUCAUUCAUUGCUGUGAAAUGACAAUACUAUGAACCUGACGUCAAUGAUAAAGCGUUCAAAGAAUUAUUGAAGAUAUAUGUGGCCAUAUUUUCUGGUUUCUGUGCACCCAUUUUCUUUCUGUUUUAAUUUUGAUAUAUCUUUUUUUUUGCAGUAUUUUUGCUCAAAGAUGGUAUCUUGCAAGAUUUUCUUGUGUUCUGAUUUCAUUGGGGAAUUUAAAUUGAUUGGUUUUUAUUAUAAUCUUGUGUUGUCUAUGCAUGCUUAUCUUACUGAGAGAUUUUUCCUGGGUAUUAUUGUUGCAGAAGUUCUGUGAAGGAGUUAAUUUCACCCAGUGAAUUAAAAUUGAGUUUCUGUGAUUAGUUAUUGGGUUUAGUUAGGGUGAAAGUGAAAGGAUGAUACUUUUGGUGUAAUUCUUUGACUUUUCAUUCAAGUACAGUCUGAUAAUUCAAAAUGUUUUUUCCCUCAACAAAAAAAGUUUUUUUUCUCCUGCAAAUGUCAUAUUGCCAUGUUUUUUCUGUUUGGUUGCAGAAAGAUUAUACUUUGGUAUUUUUUGGGGGUGUAAACAUUUUUUUAAAAAAAUAUUAAGACUGGGUUAGAAAUUUGUGAUGUGUUUUCUGAUGCUUACUGGCUUUGUAUGAUUAUCCUACCUUUAAAGAUGAUAUGCAUACAUAUAAAAUUUAUUUAAGUUUUUGCAGAUGCUGAAAAGAAGAUAUGGGACAUUUGCAAACCACAAAGAGGACACCAAUGAGUAAUAAUAUAUUUUGUUGUUUAAAGUUUAAACCAUUUGAGAGGGUCUUUUACUGUAGAGAUUUCACUCUUUUUAUCCUUUAUCCGGAGUAUAUAUUUAUUUUUGCAUAAUCUUUCCCUUUAGAAUUGAAGGGGCUAUAUCGUUUUCAUUUCUCAUAUACUUCAUGAAGUGGAACCCCUGGAUCUUAGCUUGCCCCUUUUGAGUAAAAAAGCUAGCUAAGG